AUGUGGAUAUUUCCUUCGCUUUGUGCUGUUUUAAUUAUUUUGGCUAUGGCUGAGGUGGAUGCAGUAGCAAAGACCACACCAUACACCAAAUUUACAAAGAAAUCUGAGGGAAAAGAGAUGAUGAAGGGCCUAAAGCCAUCCAAUGGCUUCCCAGUGGACGAAGAGAAAACUCUCCUUACAGAAGCGGCUGCCAUGGCAGAGCCCACUACCGCCGAGCCCCCUGCUUUAGCCAUGGCAGACCCUACCCCUGACCCCUCUGCCUCGGCUACAACCAAGCUCUUUCAUUUUGAAACUUUCUCUCUGGACACGGCCGAUUUCUUUUUGAAUUGCUGCCAUUGUUGUUCACUUGUCCCUGGGCAGAAAGGAGAACCUGGGAAGACUGGAAAACAAGGUCCUAAAGGAGAGGCUGGUGACAUUGGCAGCCCAGGGCUCCCAGGGACCACUGGACCCCAAGGCCCCAAAGGCCAGAAAGGAGAAAAAGGACUAAAGGGAGAACGCGGCGACCAAGGAGCAGGUGGCGUUCCAGGAUACCCAGGAAAGCCGGGAGAUCAAGGUGGACUCGGUCCCAAGGGAGAUAAAGGAAACACAGGCUUGGCAGGAACGAAAGGACAGAAAGGCUCCAAGGGGGACCUGUGUGGGAAUGGCACCAAAGGAGAGAAAGGGGACCCCGGGGUCUUGGGUGCUCAUAGCUUUAUUGGUGAGCCUGGGACCAAGGGCGAGAAGGGGGGUGUCGGGGAGAAAGGCUACCGUGGAGAUUCUGGGGAGAAAGGACAAAAGGGGCAGAAAGGUCAGGCAGGAGGGGAAGGAGAGAAAGGUAGUCGGGGAGAUGUUGGGGUUGAAGGCAAAGCGGGCUCAGAUGGUCUACCGGGGCCUGCAGGCAAUCCUGGCCCAAAAGGAGAAAAAGGAGAGACAGGUCCUCCUGGUGUCACCGGACCUGAAGGGCCAAAGGGUGAGGUGGGGAGCAAAGGCGUUCGAGGUCCCACCGGGAAAAAGGGCUCCAGGGGUGUCAAGGGAUCUAAAGGCGAAACCACUCAAGUCCCACAGUCGGCAUUUAGUGCUCUUUUGUCCAAGCCUUUCCCUCCCCCCAAUAUUCCCAUCAAAUUUGACAAGAUUCUCUCCAAUGACCAAGGGGAUUAUAGCCCUGUCACUGGGAAAUUUAACUGCAGCGUUCCUGGGACAUAUAUUUUUUCCUAUCAUGUCACUGUGAGGGGUCGCCCUGCUCGAAUCAGCCUCGUGGCCCGCAACCGGAAGCAGUUCAAGUCCAGAGAGAUGCUCUACGGUCAACAAGUGGACCAGGCCUCCCUCCUCCUCGUUCUGAAACUGAGUGCAGGAGAUCAAGUGUGGCUGGAAGUGUCAAAAGACUGGAACGGACUGUACGUCGGCCCUGAGGAUGACAGCAUUUUUAGUGGGUUCCUUCUGUACCCAGAGGAAACUCUUGGGAAGUUACCAUAA